AUGUAUUUAGGUAGUCGAGAUGGGUUAAAGGCAGAAUAUUUUUGGUAGAAAGUUAAUAAUAAAGACAAUCUACUCAUGAUAUUUAAAUCCGAAAGUGGCUCUAUCUUUGGAGCAUACUCUCCUUGUAAAUGGGAUUCUAGUAAAAAUACAUAUAUAGCAGAUAAUACAUUAACAUCUUUUAUAUUUUCAUAAACUCAUGAUUAAAUAUAUAAUUUGAAAGAGGAUAAGAAGGAUAGAGCUAUUUAUUGUAAAAGUGAUUUUGGACCAUCAUAUGGAAAUUAUAAUGAUAUUUAUAUUAAAGGUGAUUUUACUGAUGGUUAUUCUAGAUUAGGAGAUGAUUAUGAAUUUGAUAGAGAUAAAAAUAAGAAUUAUUCUACUCAUCUUUAUGGAUAAGAAAAGCCAGAAAUAUAGGAAUGUGAAAUAUAUCAAAUAUAAUUCAAUUGA